AUGAAUCAUAAAUAUCAACAUAGUUUAUAUUCAGAUAUCUUUAAUGAAUUUAAUGAUGAUCAAUUUUAUAAAGCAAUUUUUACAACCAUCAUUAACGAGGAAGAUCUUGUUGAAGUAUUAACAUCCAAUGCUGAAGAUAUUCUAUCAUCUUCUAUUGAUUCUGAUAGAAAAUUGAAAACAUUUCAAAUUAUUUAUCAAACUGGAUUAGAUGUCUUUUGUGAUGCAAUUAAAUACCCGGAACUGACAGGUUCAGAUGCUCCCUUAUCCCCAGAACAACAAGCACAACCCGUAAUUGCUUCUGCUUCAAGCGAUGACGAUGGUAAUGAUCUAGCUGAGCUUGGUGUCAAACUUCCGCUAAAUAAUUCAAGUACACAAAUAGUAAGUCCCGAUGAUGACGGUGAUGAUCUUAGUACCUUGAGUGGUGCCGGUGCUCAUUCAAGAAAUCAAAGUACUUCUAGUGGAUUGGGUAAUGUUGACAGUGGUCUGGGACUGGCAAGUGCUGAAGAUCUUACUUCAGCCAGAGAUUUUGAUCAGUUGAAUGAUGAAUCUAGGGUUGAGUUAAUUAUUAAUACAUUGAAAGUAUUUGAUGUAUUAUUUGAUUGUCUUGUCAAGUCAUCUAAUAGUAUCAAGAAAGCAUCACGUAGUGUUGUUUCUAUAAAUAAGACCAAUUUGAUUGCAAUGUUGUUUUCUAAUUGGGACUUGAACAAAUCCGGGUUGACUGAUUUAUUAAUUAGAUUAAAAUGGUAUAUGGAAAGUUGUAUUGAAGAAAUCGAGCAAAGUGAUGAGCUGAAUUUCGUGUUUCUUUCAGCGUUAAAAGAGUCCAUCUACUUCCUUACUCAAACUGUCAGAUCAUUCUAUCUUUCAAUCCAUACCCAAAACCUUUCUUCAUCCGAUGAGGAAUUCAACACAAUCAAGGAACUAUUGUAUACCUUCCACGAGGUUGACUUUUCCGGGGUAAUGGAAUCAUUAAUGAGAAUAACCAGUCCUACAGAGAUAAUUCUAGAUGAUGACAGCAUAAAGUAUUUCCCGCCAAAGGUCAGAUUGUCAGCAGAAACAUUAAUAACAUUAUAUUUAUUCUUGGGUGCAAUGACAAACACUCCAAAAGGUGUAUUACCUGACAGAGUAAUCGGUUCAGAUAUUACCAACACCUCAAUUACAUCCAUAAAUCCAUAUAAGAAAAUAUCUCGAUUCAGUAAAGAAUACGAUUGGAAACAAUUUAAUGAAGAAUUAAAUAUGAAAUUCUUACCUAUUUUCUGUAUGGAAUUUAAUUAUUGUUAUCAAUUUCGUCCUGAUUUAAUGGCAGUUGAAAGAAAUUCUAUAUUGAGUUGGCUAACUUUCCAAACCGAUCUUUAUUCAGAUUGUGAUACGCUUUCUUUGGUUGCGAAUCUGUCCAACAAACAUUUGAGUCUCUUGGAAGAAGGCACUGAUUUCUUUUUGAAAGAUCUACAAAGAAUAUAUGAAUUAAAAAUGACCCAAUUGGAAAAGAAAGGUGUUCAUGAAGAUCGUGAUUUUGAUUUAUCGAAAUUAUUACCAGUAAUGUUGAAUUUAUAUACACUAACCCAAAACUCCAGUUUUUUGAAUAUUUUAACCAAGCAAAAAUAUGAAUAUUAUAAAGAUAUAGAAGCUCGUACUGAAGAAGAAAUGAAAUAUUUAGAAAUGUUGGAAAUAUUCCUUUGUUUACUGUCAUAUAUAUUUGAAUAUCAAUAUCGAUCACCGGUGACUCAAACAUUAACAAAAAUAAUCUUAUUUUCAUUAAUGAAUAUCACAACUAGUCAAGUGAAUAAUUUAAAGACAUUUCAAAUUAAUGAAUAUAAAUGGAAAUUAUGUCAUCAAAAAUUACCAUAUAUCCCACUUGAUAUUGGUAAAAAGGGGUAUAAAUCAAGUUUAUUUUAUAUUCUUGAUUGUGUUCAGAAUUUACUUAGGUUUAAUUUAACUAAUAGAUUAAAUUUGGUUAAUUUUAGAUUGGGGUUGAAUUUGACAUAUAAAAUCUUGACGGAAUUCCAACAAGAUCCAGCAAUUAAAUUAGGUAGGUAUAAUUGGGAUUCUUUCAAUAAUAGUUUAUUCGGAUUGAUUAAAUUCUUGAAGAAGCCGGAUAUACUUAAUUCGAAACAUUUGAAUCAAGAAGUUUUGAAAUGUUUAGUUGAGGAAUGUCUUUUGAUUGUUGAUUUGUUAUUAGAUAAAAGAUUCAGCUUGGUGGUACAAAUGACAGAGGAAGAGAUUGGAUCUAGUAUUUUUGGUUCUAGUGAAAGAUUCUCAAUUAAUUAUAGUUUGGUUUAUAAUAUAUUAUUAAAUUUUGAAGCUAUACAACAACUUAUUGACAAGUUUCGAUUGGCUGAUACUUCAAGGUUGAGUUAUUGUAUGAACCACUUUAAUAAGAAAUUCCAUCUCUCCAGGCAGGAGUCGCAAACCGAAGAAGAAAAUAAGGCGCCGGUUGUUCUUGAGUUUGAUUUUGAUUCCCCACAGUUUGUCAAAGAGAUUACAAAGUUCAUUUCAGAAAGCUCAAAAAUCCAAAGAUCACCCACUGGAGAAUACAUGAACACGAAAACGUUUGAAUACUUGUCUUCGCAAACAAUAGAAGAUAAAGAAAUGAUUGAAAUUCUUCAGAAUGCGUUAUUAAUUAGGAUAUAA